AUGAAACCAUUUUUAUCAAGUCGAAGACAAAGACACGUUCGUGCGAUUUGCUUUCAUAACGUAAGCCUAUUCAAGGCCAACGGAAACUCCAAAUUUAUGAAGGAGCAUGCCGAUGGGUUCGUCCCAUGUUUUUUCAUCUUGAAGUCUAUCAGGGGGGAGCUACUUUAUGUGAGUGAGGUACAAUCUGAUUCUUUACAGAAACUGAGUUUCCAGGAAAUACCGAAACUGAAUGGUACAUCUGCCAUGAUAAUUCUGAACUUAGUGGGAAAAGUUCCAAGUGAAAUUUUGCGCAGCAUAAGUCUAAAUACAAACACCAAUGUUGACGAUAAAUGGUGCGUUUUGUGCACUUACAAGAUAGAUCUUAAUAAGUUACAAUUCAUCAAUGAAGACGCAGUUUUAAUUACGGGUACUAACACGCCAGUGCUUGAAUUGGUAGAUGGGUGCUAUACAUUACCUACCGAAAACGUUAAGCCAAUAAAAGAACCGAUUGGUUUGCACAAAAGGAAUAUAAGCGAAAUUAAGCUUAAAUAUUCACUGGCAUAUAGUUCUUUACUCAAAUUAAACAAGUUAUUGGAAUAUUCCUCGCAAGUUCAUGAAGAAAUCAACGAAAUUUCCACCAAGAUAGAAGAAAGUUUUCCAUUGCAUAAAAAUCAGCAUAAGUGGUAUAUGAAAACUGUACAGAAGUCUAUAGAGACACUACUAACUAAAACCAAAAAAAAAAGUUUAGAAAUGACCCAACUCGAAAAAAAUGGUACGAUCAGCCAUUCAAAAACUGAUGUAUCCUUGAUAUCACAAGAUGAAUCUAUAAACGAUGACUACGGAAGUAUAUACUCCAGGUUCGUGCAGAUCAAAGAUAGAUUAGAUCAAUUAAGAUUCAAAAAAUUAUUUCAGCUAGUAGGAAUCUUCGCUUCAACGGGGUUGUUUGACACAACAAAAGGUUAUAUACAUUUCGAAGGCCCUUCUAGCAUAGAUGAUGUCGCCGCAUACCUUAAAUUAAAACCAUUAGAUAUAGGAAUCUUAUUUGGACAGGCAAAUGAAUCCACAAAGCGCAGGGAACACAUAAACAGUCAAUUGGGUUACUACCUGUUAUUUCUCUAUUUAGCCGCGACUCAAAUCUUCAAAGCCCCUUUACCCUAUAAGUUGAUGUAUUAUGGUAGCACUUCAGUGAUCGAGGGUCAGUACCCUCUCUACUUUACUGACUCAAUGAUCGCAAGACAUCAAGCAAAAUUGAUCAGAGCAAUACGCUAUUUUAAUGCCAACAUUUUACAGUUUAAGCAAUUUCUGGAGAAUUACUGUCCAACAUAG